GGAGGAGAAAAAAAAGUGGGGUGAGGACGGGAACCCACCAUUGAAAUUGGAGAAGGAAGAAAAAAAGGGAACCCUUUUUAUUCGCUGGCUUCUCGUACCUUGUCGGCGAACUCGCCGGAAUCUGAAUCCCUUCGCCGGCGGCUAGCUAUCGUUUUCGCUUAUCUUGUCACUCUUUUCAUUUUAGCUCUGUUUGCUUACUUCUGAGACCGAUUUUGCUGCUCAACUUUGGCGGCGAAGUGAGAGAGAGGGGAAGGGUAGAGAGAGAAAGAGAGAGAGGGAGGGGGUGAGAGAUGUAUGUAGUUCCUCCACCUCAGCGAUCCGAUCCGGGGACCAACGGUGAUUUGAGGGUUUACCAGGCAUGGAAAGGAAACAAUAUAUUCUUUCUUCAGGGAAGGUUUAUAUUCGGACCAGACGUAAGAUCAUUGGGGCUUACCAUACUUCUCAUUGCAGUCCCUGUCACAAUUUUCUGCGUCUUUGUCGCUCGGAAGCUAAUGAACGACUUCUCAGAUAGUUGGGGCGUAUCGAUAGUAGUUGUUGCUGUUGUGUUUACCAUUUACGAUUUGAUCCUUCUUCUGCUCACGUCCGGAAGAGAUCCCGGGGUUAUCCCGAGAAAUGUCCAUCCUCCAGAGCCUGAAAGCAUUGAUGGCAACACGGAUACAGGGGCUGGCCAGACUCCUCAGUUGAGAUUGCCUCGCAUUAAGGAAGUAGAGGUUAAUGGAGUCACGUUUAAGGUCAAGUACUGCGAUACUUGCAUGCUUUAUAGGCCACCUCGUUGCUCACACUGCUCGAUUUGCAACAACUGUGUGGAGAGGUUUGACCAUCACUGCCCUUGGGUCGGCCAAUGUAUUGGUCUGAGGAACUAUCGAUUCUUCUUCAUGUUUGUCUUCUCAACGACCCUACUCUGUAUAUAUGUGUUUGCUUUCUGCUGGGUCUAUAUCAGGAAGAUCACGGUGUCGGAGCAUACAAGCAUUUGGAAGGCGAUGCUAAAAACCCCUGCAUCCAUUGUUCUGAUAAUCUAUACGUUCAUAUCAAUGUGGUUUGUCGGGGGAUUAACAGCCUUCCAUUUGUAUCUUAUCAGCACAAACCAGACAACGUACGAGAAUUUCAGAUAUAGAUAUGACCAACGUACCAACCCACAUAACAAAGGAGUGGCUGAAAACUUCAAGGAGAUCUUCUGUUCACCGAUCCCACCCUCGAAGAACAACUUCAGGGCUAAGGUUCAACGGGAAACUCCUCUACCUUCGAGACCUGUGGGUGGCGGUUUUAUGAGUCCAAACAUGGGAAAGGCAAAUGAUGACAUCGAAAUGGGAAGGAAAGCGGUGUGGGCAGACAUGGGACCAGCAAUGGGCGAACAUGGAGAUGGAAAACUCGGUAACAAUGAGAGGUUACAUGUGAAAGAUGGCGAGCUGGGGGAGUUGUCCCCCGACAUUAGGAACACAGUGACGGAUGGACCAUCUGACAGGACGGGGAUUAUGCAUCCGAGGCGGUCAAGCUGGGGAAGGAACAGCAGAAGCUGGGACAUGUCACCUGAAGUUACUGCCUUGGCGGCCAGAAUUGGAGAUCAGAAUCAAGUCGGAGGCAGUGGCAGUGGCAGUGGCAGUGGCUUAGCCAUGGAGAGCCGACCCGUGUAGUGGUCUGAUGCUGGUUAACACGCAGGGACAAGAACUGAAAGACAGGAUCUGGUCUGGCGAAUACAGUUUAGAGAAAGUUGAGGGCUUGUUUCAAUCUUGAUGCUUUUUUUUUAAAAAAUGUGGGAAAGAGUUUGUGUUGGUUUUGGCUUUAUUGUGGCGUUAAGGGAAGCAAUGGUGUUUGCGAUAUGAGUUUUUUUGUUUUUUUAAAUUCAGGUUAUGGAUUUGGAUGUGUCAAUUAGGGCUCUAGUUGUACUACUUGUGUUCAUACAGUUAAUUAGAAAUCUCUGUUUUAUGACCGAAAUCUUUGUUUUCUUUA